GUAAUCGUUUUAUUUAGCAGUGACUACCAAAAGGCAGAUCGGCGGAGGGACAAUUUAUAUUUACUUGUAGCUGCAAUGUCAUUAUUAUCAUUAGAUAUCCGUACAAUAUUUUAGUGUCAAGUACAUUUUAACUUAUUGCUUAAUGUUAUAGUAUUUAAAGAAAUGGCGGCUUUGAUCCGCUUUUUAAGUAGGCGUCGCACUCGCCGAACUCAACAACCAACUUCAGGUGUUGGAGGCCAACAACAGCCGAUUAAAAAGAAAAAUGCACUUAUUUGCACCAUAAUGUUGUUGGAUGGUACUGACAUUACUGUUGAUGUUAAUAAAAAAGCCAAUGGAGCCACACUUAUUGAACAAGUAUUUUAUCAUUUGGAUAUAAUAGAAAAAGAUUAUUUUGGCUUGCAGUAUACAGACCAUUACAAUGUUAAUCACUGGUUGGAUCCUACAAAGCAAGUCAGAAAACAAGUUAAAAUUGGCCCUCCUUACACAUUUCGCUUUCGAGUAAAGUUCUAUUCAUCAGAACCUAAUAACUUACAUGAAGAACUGACUAGGUAUCAGUUCUUCCUUCAACUGAAGCAAGAUAUUUACACUGGCAGAUUACCAUGUCCAUAUGAGACCUUGACUGAGCUUUGUGCUUUGGCCUUACAAUCUGAACUUGGGGACUAUGAACCAGAAUCUCACUCCCCAGGCACAGUGUCAGAGUUUAGAUUUGUGCCCAACCAAACAGAACAGAUGGAGCUUGACAUCUUUGAAAAGUACAAAGAUUGUGUUGGUCAAACACCUGCUCAAGCUGAACUGUCUUUCUUACACAAGGCCAAGUGGCUGGAGCUUUAUGGCGUUGAUAUGCACACUGUUAUGGGUAGAGACCAGAACAGCUACAGCCUGGGACUGACUCCUACAGGUAUACUGGUCUUUGAAGGGGCAGUCAAGAUUGGCUUGUUCUUCUGGCCAAAGAUGACAAAGCUAGACUUUAAAGGAAAAAAGUUGAUGUUGGUUGCUGUUGAAGAUGAUGACAAUGGCCAGAGCCAGGACCAUUCCUUCCAGUUUCGAUGCACCACUGAGAAAGCCUGUAAACACCUCUGGAAGUGUGCUGUUGAGCACCACGCCUUCUUCCGUCUUAAGGGGCCAGUCAAAGGGCAGUCAGGUCGCCAGAACUUUUUCAGGAUGGGUUCAAGGUUUAGAUACAGUGGUAGGACAGAGUACCAAACAGCCACCAUGAACAGAGCACGGAGAAGUGUUAAGUUUGAGAGAAAGCCUAGUCAUAGAUACUCCAGAAGGCCAACUUUUGAGAGGAAGGAGAGAGAGGAAAGAAUGAAGAGAGAGGCAGACAUGAAGAGGAGAGCUGAGGAAGACAGAGAGAGGAGGGCUGUAGCUGCUGCCAACAAGGCUUCUGUAGACACCACCAUAGAUUCCAUCCCUGACAGCACAAGGGAGUCCAUCAGGAGCAACUCUACCACCAGGUCCAGCGUCAGGACACCAGACUCUCCCCCUCCUAGGCCCCCUAAACCAGGCACAUGGAAGGCAGCCAAAACGUCUGUCACAUCUGAGGUACAGGAGGCCAUAGUGCCUUCAGCAUCAGCUAUGGAAAGGUUAGACAACUUAAUCAAAUCUGCUGCCCUGGAGAAAGGGGACGCAACUGUGUUAUCCAAUGGGAGAUUAGCCUCAACUUCUGACAAUAUUAAUUUGAAAGAUGAGAGUGAGAAGGCCAUAGCCAAGUUAAAGAACUUGGAUGAGUCCGUGCCUCUGCCUGUGAAAAGAAAGGAUGUCAACACCUUCCAGAACAAUCAGCUGAAAUUUUCAGGUGGUGCCACCAGCAUUCCCCCAGAAAACAUGAAAUGUAAUAUCCUCAAAGCCAAACUGGAAGAAGACCAGCAGAAAGAUUCUGAUUCUGACAGAUCACAUGAAGAAAGUCAAAGUAGUAGCGAGGAGGAAAGUGAGUGUGUUGAGAAGAAUUUACGCCCAGAUCUCUCAGUCACUGUAGAGAGUCAAGCAGAUGGUAUCAAUGACAGUGUUGCUAGUGAAGUCAUACGGCCUAGGAAAGAACGUCAGUCUUCAAAGACAUCUAAUCAUUCAGUUAACAAUGGGUAUGACAGUUUAUCUAGGAAAACUAGCUCCACCCUCAGUACAGAGAAAACUGCUGAGAGGGCUAACUCAUCUAGUCGGGGAAGUAAAGUCAGCUUAUCUAUCAAUGAGACUGGGAGUAUAGACAGGAGGGGUCGAAGCACCGCCAUUGAUGAGCCAUACAUACCUGAGAAGCGCCCCCCAUCCCGCAAGUCCCCUGCCCCCCAGCCUGAAUACAACAGUAUGGACAGGAAGUCCAGCCGGCAGCCAGUGGUCAGUCACAACAAGAGUUUUGAUGUGUCUGAUGUGCGCCACAGGAACUCCAGUCAGAGCAGCGAUGUCUUUCUGCCCUCACUCCCCAACAAAGUGCUGGCCAUUCACCAGGAUGACACUCCUCAACAGCCUUCAUCCCCUCCAGGGGCUCCGCCAUCUCCUGCACCAUCCCCAGCCCCGUCCCCACCCACGUCCCGCAAAUCUAAAGUUAAUGUUGAUGGUACUAGCCCGACGUCAGACAAGCCUGUUAUCACACUGACUCGACCUAAUCCACCACCCCGCCCCUCGGACUCCUCCAGCACGGCUCAUAAGGCUGACCACACCAAGAAUGAACAGGACAAAAAUGAAAACACAGCUGAGCGUAAAAGUGCCCCUGUGAAGGUUUCACUGAAUCCAUUUUUACCUGAGCGCCCCUCCAACCCGCCCCCGCUCAGUUCAGCCAAGUCCAACUCCCUGCGGCUCAAGGCUGAGAAAAACCAGACUAAUCCAUUUCUGAAGCCAGACAAAGAAACAGAACCUAAGAGAAAAUCUCUCAACCCAUUCCUGUCUGAUGAUGAAGAAGAAGAAGAUGCUCCUCCUGCUCCUAAAGAACUGACCAAGUCUACCAACCUUGAGAGUGAAGCCAAGACUACCGGCCCCACCCCCGCACCUGCUGGUAAAGAAGUGACCCCCAGCACUGAGGGUGAGGCCAACAGGAAGAGUGUGGGCCCCACCCCUGCACCAAGGUUCUACUCAUCAGGGGGGAUUUUACCACCUGCCACAGACACAAAACCCAAGGUGUCAGAAACUCCCUCAGAACCACCAGCUAAACCUUACCUGAGUUUAAAAAAGUCCCGCCCACCACCUCCACCGCCCUCCCCCACACCAAAGGAAGAGAGUGGUCAGGCGAGCAGCUCGUCCAGUGAGAAAAAGGCCAGCAGUAAAGUGACCGUUGUAGAAACAUCUUUCACAAGAACAGAACCUGUGACAAGAAGAACGUCAUCUACUGCCAAGAUGACAGCUGUCAGUCAUGUGAUCACAAUAGACCGGUCAAGGAGUGACAGCGCUCACAACACAAGCAACUCUCACAUUUCUCCCUGGAUGGUGUCCGACAAGAAGGUCGAGCGCAAGGUCACUCUCAUGACAGAGCUGUAAGCCUCAUCACCUCUGCUAGGCAGGGUUACACACUGUACAUGUCCAUAGAGUCACAGGAUCUGUGAAGUAAGAUCCUUUAAGUAAAAACAAGAUGAGUCCUUGAUGGCUGAACACUAAUGAUAUGCCUGCUUGUUAAUGGGAAUGUCAGAAAUGUUUACAAAUAAUGCAAGUGAUUGAGACGACAUCACUUCAUUACUUAAACAUUCACAGAAUGCUAAUCUAUGGCAGAGGGAAGCAGUAGAUUGCAUCCUUACAGCUGUUGAAACAAGAAAUCCUGCAUCAAGACUGACAGGACUGCCUGCUUUAUGAAAUAGUUGCACAGUCAGCUUUUAAAAUGAUUCUUAGUAAACUCAGCUAAAAGUGGAAGAUGUCAGGUGCGCCACAUUAGAGCCUGUCCCUGCCUGUACAGGCCCUGUCUACAGGUGUCUUGUGUCCAGUGGUUGACAACUAGACUCUCACAGAAUGCAUUUAUCAGAGUUCCUCAUUGUAAGAUAGUCCAUACUUACCCAUACACAUCCCCUUCAUACGCCAGCAUCAUAUGGUGUUAGCUGUCCUUUCAUACACUAAUGGUGUCAGCUGCCCCUUCAUACACCACCAUGGUGUCAACUGGUGUUUCAAUGACACUAUUUUCACUUGCUUCUCAUUUUUUAAAAACGUAAAUGGUUGUGUUCUAUUUAUAGUCUCAGUUCAGUAUACCAUAUCUAAAUGAACAAAUAUUCAGAGAAAUAAAUUGUUCAGUUUUUAAUAGCUUUUGCUUGCUUUUUGAUAGGUUUUAAUUUCCGAGAUUAAUCUCCCCUUAUUGAUUUUAAUCAAGAUUAAAUUCUAGCUUUGUUCUCCUGUGCCCAACUAAUCCAAUUAAAUUAACAUUGUAUAAACCUCCAUCUUAGAGAUAAUAGUUUUAUCAUCCCUCAGAAUUUUUACCCCGAUAUUUUUAUCUGUUUGAAUUUUUAUCCAAAAGUUUUUAUCAUCUGUCAAAGUUUGUAUGAGAAUAUUUGAAAUGAGUUUCACAAUCAGAUCUGAAUCAGACUGCCUCCAUCUGCUAGGAGUUUCUUUAUGCUGUACAUACAUGGCUAACAAAGGCAAUAGAUAGUUGAGCUCUUGUACAGGUUUUCUCUGGGUUGUGAGUCAUCUUGUUUUAUUUACACAUUUUAAAGAUGCCUUGUUCAAAUCAUACUUCACCAAUGCUAAUCCUUGAAAAUUUUAGUUUACUAAUGCUUUUUACAAUAUUUUAAAAACCUUUUAUGCAGUUUACACUAUUUUAUAGAUUUGUUUGCUUUCUCAAUGUUGUGAAAAUUGUCUAUCAAGACCUAUAGAGUUGUUUAUAAUUUGGUUACUUUAUUGUUUAAAAGAUUAUUUUAAAUUAUUUAAAAUGCAAAAUGUAACAUCAAGAAUUUUUAUGCCAUGUGUUAAAGGGUAAACACUUUUUGUUAUGAAUGGUUUAAGUCAUCUGAUGUGCUAUUUCUGAAUGAAUGGUUAAAGGUUAAAUCAUGUGAUCUUACUAUUUUCUGGUGUGUAUGGUUAAUUCAUGUGAUUUUGCUGUUUUCUGGUGUGAAUGGUUAGUUCAUGUGAUUUUGCUGUUUUCUAGUGUGAAUGGUUGUCAAUUGGGGGGGGGGGGGGGCAUUGAGUUUUUAUAUUGUCUUUGAAUAUUGAUGUAAAGUGUGCUAAAUGUAUGCCAUGGAGGCAACCUUUUGUUCAUGUCAUAUCAUUGAAUCUUUAAUCAAGACAUAUCUUUGUAGAGCUGAUACUUAUCAGAUGCUUCUUAACACAGUCAAGAUGAGCGCACAUAGCAGAUUUGCCAUGAAUUAACAUUCCUUCACACAGCAAGAGCAGCUUCAAUCUCUCUAGAGCACUGUUAACAGCUGUAGCUGGUACAGACUUUCUGAUAGGCUUUUCUUCUUUCCAUCCAACACUUCACACAUUCCACACACAUCCAGCGUGGCCUUAAGCAUGGCUGUCUAUAAGCCAGUUGGAUUUAAAAUUGCCUGAAUCUAUCAACAGCAUGGCUGUUUAUAAGCCAGUUGGAUUUAAAAUUGCCUGAAUCUAUCAACAGCAUGGCUGUUUAUAAGCCAGUUGGAUUUAAAAUUGCCUGAAUCUAUCAACAGCAUGGCUGUUUAUAAGCCAGUUGGAUUUAAAAUUGCCUGAAUCUAUCAACAGCAUGGCUGUUUAUAAGCCAGUUGGAUUUAAAAUUGCCUGAAUCUAUCAACAGCAUGGCUGUUUAUAAGCCAGUUGGAUUUAAAAUUGCCUGAAUCUAUCAACAGCAUGGCUGUUUAUAAGCCAGUUGGAUUUAAAAUUGCCUGAAUCUAUCAACAGCAUGGCUGUUUAUAAGCCAGUUGGAUUUAAGAUUGCCUGAAUCUAUCAAUGUUUAAGAAUACAACUAGUUUAGGCUGAGUGCUAGCUUCAUGAAUGUAACUUCACCUAACUUGUGAUGCAGCAUUAACCUGCUGUAAGUUUUAUUGUGUAACAUCCUACUAUUAGCCCUACUAAAUUACUAAUCAUCCAAUAUACAGUGAAUAUAUUAUAAAUGUAUGAACUAUGUAAAUGAGUGUAGUAGUCCAUGAACAAUGCAGAUGUAUCCUCUCUCUGUGAAUACCAUUGAGGCUCUGUUCUAGCUAGUGGUGAGAUAUAACUGUGUAAUGGCUACUGUUUCGUCUUUCAUCACAACCUCAUAGCUCUUAUGCUAGUUCUUUAAAUGGCCUUUCAACAUAUGCUUAACACUACACUUUUUAAAAACACCUUUUUUUUAAAAAAAAAAAAAUCUCUAAUUUCUAUGAUCAUGUAUUUUGAUUGGGGUACACUUUAAAAUUUUUCUCUCUCUUAAACCUAAUGGAAGUUAACGCAUGAUUUGAUUUCUUGCACUAAUUGACCCUGCACUGUAUUGCAUGACAUGUUCAGCUCAGUCACCUCAUGAUUUGAGCUGAACUUCUCUGUUCAGUCAUCUCAUGAUUUUAGCUGAACUGGUACAACUCUGU